UGUAAAUAAAUAAUAAUAAAAUAAAAUAUCUUUAUUUCGAAGAACACAGGCUUCAUAGUUGUUAGUAACACAGUAAAAUUAAAACAAAUCAAUUAAACUUAAAACUAAAAAUGAAAGCCGUCGUGUUUAUCGCAGUUGCCAGUAUAAUAGUAAACACAGUUAUGACGGUGGAGCAAAAACAUGUGAACAUAGCUCUCGAGGCAGUAAUGAAUUUCAGCGGUAAAAGAGAUAAAUCAUCAGGCCUUGAAGUCAUCGACAAAGUGGAAAACGCUUUAGAAAAAAUAAAACAAGGUAUUGAAUCCCGAAAACGGUACGAACCCGGAAACGGAAGGAGAAGUGCUCGUGAUCCUGACAUUACAUUUACUGAUUUUGUAUCAGAAGCUGCUAAGAUAUUGAAAAACUACAACGAUAAUGACCUUGAAGAUGUGUUUGCUGUCAUUGGAGAUGAAACAAGGAGAUACAUUAACAGAAAUUCUGAGUUACAUGAGUUGUUUGGUAGUGGCAAUAUGAGAAGACAUCUAAGCGAGAAAUUGGAAGAUUUUAGAGAUAUGCAGGCUGAUAUGUUGCGUGAUUAUUUAAGCGCAGCCAUUAUUGCAGUUGAAAAUAAAAAGUAUAAUGGAGAAAAAAAUGAUUUACUUGACAUUGGAGAUUUUGUGUACAUCGGUGGACAUGAUAAGUUGAGAGCAGUACUAAGAGAUCUAGAAAAAAUAGGAAGAUCAACAGAUGUGCGUUUAGAUGACGUGUUGAGACAUACAUUGAGAUCAUUCAUUUUUGAUCAUUUUAAUAAACUCAACGAUAACAUUAAACACGAACUGAUAGAUAUGGCCAAAGAUUACUGGAGAGUAUCAAGUAGCAAAAGAUGGAAACGAAGAAAACGUCCAACAACGUUUACUUCACUAGAAGAGGAUGAAUCUACAAGUAAAAAUUAUAGACACGUUUAUAGAAAGGGACUAAGUUUUAAUGUACAAACGCGACAAGAAAGUAGUGAUAUACGCCCAAUUCAAAGAACUAAAAAAACGCACAAUGCUAGCCAUCAUGUAAAUAAAAGGUUUAAUUAUAAAAACAGAGUCCAAAAGGACAGGGAAGUAGUCACAGGUUCUACUAAAUUAUACAAAUAUCCGAACCAUACCAGAUCAACCCUUUCUGAUGAAGACACAACUCCUCCCUUUGAACCUGAAUCUGAAAACAAAACUGAAGUUGAAAAUAAUAAAGGUAAAAAGUCCUCAAAGACAUCGAGAAGAUACAAAAAGAAAAAUAAGUUUACACCUUCAAUGGCCCAAACUAAAAGACCGAAACAUUCGAAAGAUGGCGAAAAACCUAUAGAUUCACCGUAUUCAGAUUUAAUGUUGCUAACAGGCGGACGGAAUGUCCAAUCCGUUGAUUUACGAGGCCAGUCAACUGAAGAGACAUAUGAAAACUAUAGAGAACCGGAUAAGACAAAAGAAGAAAAACAAUUGUCGAUUGUCUUCAGUCAUCAUCCCACCACGGCAAAGUAUUUAUCCGUAGAAAGGUUUCUAACGAUAAAGAAAAAAAAUGUACCGAAGGCGAAAGAAGAAAAAGACGAUAGAAGAGUCGUCUGUGUUACCGUGGCAAAUAUAUCAGCUGAAGGUUUAAUAAGUUUAAGUGCAGAAAGUUCUGGAAAUGACUAUGAUCUCUAUAAACUUGAAAACGACCGUAAUCUUACAAACGAUCGUAAAUUAGGAAAAGACUAUAAAAUUAAAAACAACCAUGAACCAACAAACGACCAUGUAUUUAAAAAUGACGGUAUUCUUGAAGACAAAGUGAUAAAUAUAUAUAUCAAAAACGACACAAUUAAGAUUGAGAAUUCAAAAGUUAAAAACGACAGUGAACUUGAAAAUAAAAGUAAACUUAUAAAUGACCGUGAACUUGAAAAUAAAGUCAUAAGGAAAUAUACCAAAAAUAACACAUUGGAAAUUGAGGAUUCAGAUACGGAAAACGACAGUGGACUUGAAAUCGACCGUAAACUUGAAAACAGACGAGUUAUAAAGAAAUAUAUCAAAAACGAUACAUUAGAAAUUGAGAACUCAGAAGCUGAAAACGACAGUGGACUUGAAAUCGACCAUAAACUUGAGGACAAAGUCAUCAGGAAAUAUAUCAAAAACGACCCAUUAAAUAUUGAGAAUUCUGAAGCUGAAAACUACAGUACAAACGAUAGCGAACUGAAAAAUGACCGUAAACUUGAAAACAAAGCCACGAGGAAAUAUAUUAAGAACGAUACAUUAGAAAUUGAGAAUUCAGAAGCACCUAUUGAUGUGAAAAAUAUGUUUAAAAACAUAAAAAAGCAAAUGGCUGAAGUAAAGGAACAAGUCCCCGAAGGCUUUAAAAACGACCGUGAACUAGAUAGCAAAGUCACCAGGAAAAAUAACAAAAACGAUACAUUAAGAAUUGAUAAUCCAGAAGCUUCUAUUUAUUUGAAAAGUAUGAUUAAUAACAUACAAAAGCAAAUAGAUGAUGUAAAGAAACACAUUCACGAAGGCAUUGGAAACAUCCGUGAAUUUGUAAACGACAGUAAACUUGAAAACAAAGUCAUCAGGAAAUAUAUCAAAAACGAUACAUUCAAAUUUAAUAAUUCAGAAGCUCCAACAGACGUUGAAUAUAUGAUGGAUAAUAUAGAAAAGCAAAUAGAUGGUGUAAACGAGCAAGUUGACUACGUAAAAAAUCUGAGGAAUAUCGAUGAUAAGUUAAGUAAGCAAAACUUGAGAGCUAACAGUGAAAAAGUUUAUUUAAGGUCAUCAAACAGUAAACACAAACAUCACUACGCAGAUUCAGAGUCGCUUGAGAGAGAUAACAAAGAAUAUUUUACACGCGUUCUUAGUUCUGAAAGUUCAAGUAGCAUUGAAAUUACCAACAAAUCUAGUUUAGCGUUUAGAGCUAAUUAUGAUACAAAUUACGCUGAUGUUACUGAAACAAAAAUAAAUGAUAAUAAGAGAACAAAAUCAGUAAUUGUGGAUAAACCUUCGAAUACAUCAGCAAUCGGUCACAGAAUAAGCAAAAUCAACUUUUUAUCGAGCAAAAUUAAAGAAAAUGUUACAGUUAAAGAUAGCUUUGAGGAAGCUAAUAAAAGUAUCUCGUAUGACGAAAGUAAAACUGCAUUUGAUAAAAAUAAAACACAAGAGAUUAAAAUAAAUGAUGGUGAUACCAAACCUUUUAUUAACAUGACAAUAAAUGAAAUAGAUACUACCACAGAAAAUAUUACGACUAGUUAAAAGCAAUAAAAGGGGAUUUUACCAGAGAUCUAGGUAAAGACGACAACAUAUUUAUACUAGAUGAUGCUGCUACAAUAAUUUAAUAAUAAUAAACCACAAUAGCCUAAGCAGAAUGAUGAAUAAAGAGAUACUAAAUUGUAACUAGUUAGUUAAAAAUGAAAAUAAAGCGUAUCUGUAUU